AUGCAAUACGCUGAGGUUGAUCAACAGACUAUUACUGCCAAGUGGGGUAGACCUUUGUUUUCAAGUAGUCUUUAUGCCACAUGCUGCCUACUAUUAGUCAUAAUGGCUGGUUACUUCGAGUUUCAUAGAAUGGAGACAUUUGAAGCUGUAUAUCGAGGAACUGGACCAGUUCCAUUCAGUGUAAAAUUUUCAGUUAAAGGUGAAAAAGUCAAUCUAUAUUUACGGCUUGGGUUAGCAAUGUUUGGGUUAAUGAGUAUUGGUCACGUUGCUGUUAAAUGUGUUGAAGAAGCCGAAAUCACUGACGCCGUAUUCAAUUUAUACUUGAAAUCAAUAUUGGAAAUGGCAUUUUAUGUACUUCAAACAUUGUUUAUACUCAGAUAUCAUAGGUUAGUAAUCUUACAAUACAAUGAAGUUAUGGGUGCAUUUCUUGUUCACCUACUUACUACAAAUUUAUGUAUAUGGGCUGAUAUAUCUGUUGGAAAAAUUGAUAAAACUUUAUGGUAUGGUAAUCAAAAGAAAACUAAUGAUUAUAUGUAUAAUCAUACUUAUGGAAAUGGAAAUGAAUCACAUUAUCAUUAUUUGAAAUUAAUUAAUGGAAGUGAAAUGAAUAAUUUAACCUUAUUAGAUAAUCGAACACAUUUGUAUAAUUUAGUUGAUAUUUCUUUUUAUCUUCUACCAACUGUUAGUGAAUAUUGUUUAUUAGCUGCAGCAUUAUUAUAUGAAAUCGUAAUGAGAAUUGGUCAACCAACAUUUAUUGAAAUAGAAAGACCGCAUGAUUCAAAAAAAGAUCACACGGUACUUCAAGAUUGUCGUGGUUGGAGUACAAGUUCUGGAGCAUGGUUUGGUAUAAUAACAGUACUUAUAAUUAUUGCAUUAACAACAUUAACAGUAUCUGCACCGAAUCAUAUUGAUUUAAAACAAAACUUAUGGAAAUGUAUUGUUGUUUUAGCUGAAGAAGCUGUAUUAAGCCUUUUUGGAAUAUUAUUUGUAUUAAUGGCAUUUUAUCAAACAAGACGUUUAAAAUUUAGUAUUGCUACAAGACAAAGUCGUGUUGAUGAAUUUCUUUUAUAUACAGCUUUCUUUUUUGCUGCCAAUUAUACAAUAACAACAAUUAUAUUAGCCGCUGAUUUAGAAGCAAAAGGAAGUGGUAUAUCUAACACGAAUGGUAGUGAGAAACACUUACUAAUUGGUCGUUGUUUAGUAAAUGCAUUUGAAUUUAUUCAGAUGGUUUUGCAAACAUACUUUGUGCAAGACAGCUUUUAUCGAUGUAGUGAUCGAAUAGAACAGCAAAUUGUCAAACCUGGAAGACAAUCUAUUGUUGCAUUGCUGGGAAUAAAUUUAGCUUUAUGGAUUCAAAAAAGCUUUCAGCUUAAAAGUGCAGAUAUCUUAUUCAUGAUGGAAACAAAUCGUGGCACAUAUGGUUGGAUUUUAUUUGUUGUAACAAUGCCCAUUAGUUUGUUCUAUAGAUAUCACUGUACAGUGUGUUUAUCACAAUGUUUCAAUAAGUUAUACGAAGAUGAGACACAUCGAUUUGAAGAAAUGUGGCGUCACCAAGUUGAUCCUUUUACUGAUAUUCUUGUUCGGUCAACCGACUCUUUUAGUGAAUAUGAACAAACUAAGACAUCUCUUAAACCCACCAGUGAAGUACAAGUCACCAUCGAAAAUGAUGACAGACAAAACAGAAAAUUAGCUGUUUUUUCAAAAACAAAACCUUGGAGAACAUUUGACCUAACAGACGAAACUGAGAAUGAUGGUAAAGCAAGCCUAAUGGGUCAAAAUCAUAAUGUUUAUAAUAAAUCGCAAGUGAAUAAAAGCGGUUAUGAUGAAAACUUCCCAGUGGGUAACUCGAUUCAAGACGACGAAAAUUACCUAAAAUCAAAUAAACAAUUAUCCGACUCACAAACAAAUACAGAAAGUCAAAAUCAAGAUUAUUUACGAUGUGAUGGUGAUGUGUCAGUCCAUAAUGAUGAGGAUAAAUUUCCAAAAGCAAACAGAACUACUGAAAUUUGCCCGUCUGACAACAGUGCAAUUAUUACACAGAAAAAUGAUGAUCACUUAACUAAAGAUCGAUUAAGCUCAGCGCGAAACAGUUACACAUGCUUAGCAAACCGUAGAUAUUCUUUGGUAAUAUUACCUUCAGAUCAAUACUCAAGUAAGAACGAGGAACUUAACGCAGUAACUAUUGACAGUAAAACAUUCGACAAAAAUCUUCAGGACCACUUGUCUGGAGUUAGACAAACCCCUGAACGCAGACAGGUUAGACGUCGUAGGACAUUAAAGAAUCUUGAAACUGCAAAGCAUAGAGUUCUUGCAGCAGAAUUGGCUCAUCGGAUGGUUAUUGAACGAACUAGUGGAGCAUCUCCGACUGCAUAUUUUGUUGAUGCCAACAUAUCUAACUUUGAAAAUAACAAUCAAUGUUCUCUUGAACUAAAAAACUCUUCGUCAUUAAUCUCAACUAGGUCUUCAGAUGCAGUCGAAAAUUCUCCUAAACUUACAUGCGUACAAAGUCCACUGCAUGAAUUUCGUAUAGCUAAAGCCGUCACUGAGACAGCAGCUAUCACAAUUGCUCCAGUUGAGUCGAAAAUUGCAGCUAACAUACCACUAAUAACUUUCAAUCAAUACCCAGAUCCACUAAACAAAGAAAGUGACAUCAGCCAUAAAAGUCACUUAUCAUUGUUGCAAUUUCAUCAUAGGCGAAGUGCCGCAAACAUUAAUCGUGUUAUGGAUGAAUUAAAAAAUGAGGAUGAAUUUCAAAAGCGUUUACAGAAACGAAGUUCAUUUAAAGAAGGAAACUGGCCUUCGAAAAUUGGAUUUCAUAAAUCUUUUAAAAAUCAUUUCACUAAAUCUUCAUCACCUGAAUCAAACCUUGCUCAAAAGCAUUCAAAACCCGAACACAAUAUAUCUAAUGAAAAGUCUAAGACCUGUUCAAUAAUUGUUACUUCUGAUCAAACAAAUGAUAAAAAUUCAAUCGACUUAACUCUGAGUUCAAGUCCUGAAGUACCCAUAUGUGACCUAAAAUUAACUAAAGGUGAAUAG